AUGGACCCCCAUUACGACUCGGACUCUGACUCGUUGAGUGAUAUGGAUGAGGAGGACGACGUCGAGGACGUCAGUGACUAUCGGUAUGGUGGGUAUCACCAAGUGCGGUUGAAUGAAGUCUUCAAUAAGAAGUAUGUAGUGAAAGAGAAGUUGGGGUGGGGGCAUUUUUCGACGGUGUGGCUGGUAGAAUACACCGAUCAAGUGACUGGGGCGACGUGCAAUGGAGCGAUGAAAGUCGUGAGAUCAGCACAGAAGUACACUGAGACUGCCAAAGACGAGAUCGAGAUCUUAAGGAAGAUUUCCGUGAACGAUCCGAAUAUGAGAUAUUACUGUUUACAUCUAAUCGACUCUUUUCAACACCGGGGAUUGAAUGGAAUUCAUAUGUGUAUAGUUACACAAGUUGGUGGGUCGAAUUUAUUAUCACUCAUUCGACUAUAUCACUACAGGGGAAUCCCUUUGGACAUCACUAAAGAGAUUUCUAAACAAGUGUUAAUAGCUUUGAACUACUUACACACCGUCUGCGGUCUUAUUCACACCGACUUGAAACCAGAGAACGUCCUCUUGAACUUCAUCAUCGAUAUCAAUCACGUGAAGAAAAGAUCAAUGGUCCCCCCAGCACAGAACAUUCAAGUGAUGCUUGCUGACUUCGGUAAUGCUAAUUGGGUCAAUGAACGAUUCACUAAUGACAUCCAAACGCGACAAUAUAGAUGCCCAGAAGUCAUGUUGGGAUUACACUGGGGAUGUCCCGCUGAUAUCUGGUCACACGCGUGCGUCAUAUUCGAAUUGCUGACGGGAGACUUCUUGUUCUCUCCAAAACAGACAAUGCAAUACAGUAAAGUCGAAGAUCACUUUGCGUUGUUCAUCGAGUUACUCGGACCACUCCCGAAAGAAAUGAUUGACAAAAGUCCUGUAAAGAGAAAAUACUUCACGUCCGAUUAUGUACUGAAAAAGAUCCCAAACACACACCUCAAAUUCUGGGCACUCAAUAUGGUGUUGACAGAGAAAUAUAAAUUCCCACAGACCGAGGCUACGAGAAUCGCAGAAUUGUUACUUCCUAUGCUUAGAUAUAAUGAAAAUGAAAGAGCAACGGCGGCCCAAUGCCUCGAAAAUAAAUGGUUUUUGUAA